UAUUUGGGUGGAUUAUCUAUACGACGUUUGUUGAAAAAAUAUAGUGACAACUGUUUAGGUUAUGGUGUUGGUUUCGGCUUGCGUAUUGUCGGUACAAUUACUGGGUCGUAUAAUUGGCUGAGUAGUAACUGGUUGUCAGUACUUAUACUUGGAAUAAGUAAAAGUGUUAAUUAUCGAACAUCUAUUCGGGAAUAUAUGUGAAUGUCGUUGUAGUUGGGAAUUGUUGAAAAGACUAUGGAGGGUGAUGAAUAUGUUGAUAGUAGUUCAGCUUCAGGUAUUAGAUUGGUUUGAACGUUUUAACUGUCUAUCUUUUUAUCUAUUUUGGUUUGUCUUGUAGUCUUAUUAAAUAAUAACUCUGCAGUCGAAGAUGGGAUCGUUCUGGAGUAACGUCAAAGGACAAAUGGCCAGAUUAUUACGUGGAAAUCAAAAUUUUGGAGAUGGACCCCCUACUACCUCACCAAGCAGUAGUGUUGAAAGUGCAAAUCUGGAAGGAGAGGUUCCUCCAAUAGAAUUUGACACAGCUUUACCGGUCAAGCAUAAUUAUUUGGGCAACAACCUGGAAGAGCUGAGAGGACGAACAGUUCUCGAUGAUGGUUCGUUCCAACUUCUCCCUUUGCUGCCUCAGCCUGGAGUUGUUUUAGUGCCUGGUCAGACCCUUCCACUUAUGGUGUUUUAUCCUCCAACAGUCAGUAUGCUACGCAAGAUCAUAACAAAAAAUGGAACAUUUGGAGCAAUUUAUUUGAGGUACUCUGACGAGUCUAACCCUAGAUUGGCUGACAUUGGUACGACGGCAGAAAUUUAUGAAUAUCGAGAUGAGGAAGAACUGACUGGUUUUUGUAUCAAAGCUAAAGGACGCCAGAGGUUUCGUGUCGUGGAGUCACAACGUCAAGUUGAUGGAAAUAUAAAUGCUACAGUGAAGAUAUUACCAGAAGUCGUCCUUCCCGAUUCGCUGCAUGAAGUUCGGAACAGGUCUUUGGAUCGUUACAGGAGCGAACUAGUUGACUCGUCAAGACCGGUCUCGAACGCCAGUAGAAUCCAUCUGCAAAGACGGCAGGCCAUUUUACGAAGAGACGCGAUGAUGACUGUGUGGCCUCACUGGGUGCACAACCAGUAUAAUGCGAAAAGCCUUUCCAGCCGCGUUAAAUUACAGCUUUCGUAUCUGAAGCUUGGCAGCACUCCGACAGGCCUUAAGUUGCCAAAGGACCCUGUUGAAUUAUCUUACUGGGUAGCACAGGCAAUGCCCUUGCUUGACGAACAAAGGCUGUCCUUGCUUCAGAUAAACUCCCCAAUUCAACGACUCCGCUGGGAACUCUGCGUUUUGGAGAAGUGUCAGAUGCUGUGUUGCGGUGAUUGUGAUACUCAAGUGGCAGAUGCUCGAGAGGCAUUCUCGAUGUCAGUUGAAGGUCCUCAGGGUACAUAUGUGAACCCUGGAGGAUUUGUACAUGAGACUUUAACACUUCACAAGGCACAAGGACUUCAGUGUCUCAAUGAAGAACCAUCCACCGAAUACUCGUGGUUUCCAGGGUAUGCAUGGACAAUUGCCGAAUGUCGGUAUUGCCAGAAGCAUAUGGGUUGGAAAUUUACAGCCACGCAGAAGCUUAUGAAACCCCAGAAAUUUUGGGGGAUAUGCCGAAGAUCGAUCGUGACAAAACUUUUAACAGAAGAGGAUUUGAAACCAAUAAUCUGAGGCAGAGAUACUGUAUUUGCUGAAUAUGUUCAGUAAAAUACUGCUGAGGGGGUCCAUAUUGACUGCAAAAUUAAAUGUUGGUUCUGAGGACCCUUGUGUAAGACUGUGACUUGUAUAUAACUAUUCACACGACAUGUAAUAAAUAAAAUGUACAUGCUGUAACUGUUAAUGUAACUGUUUAAUUUAGGAAUUAAAAUGUAAUUCUUUUCAACAUCA